AUGUGUGAUCCCGAGUCUGUGCAAUGCUAUGAUACGGCGGAUACGGUCAUGGAAAAGACUAUGCAGUUAGCUACCUCUUAUUCCUUUAACUAUGGCAAGCUUCGCGUCGACCUCUUCAAAGAUAACUCUCCUACUGAUGGUCGAGCUUACUGGCCCAAGAGGGAGCUUUUACCUGAAACAACUGAUACAUAUCUGGCUGGGUUGGAUUAUCGAGGGCUGCUGGGAUGGGCGAUUUCAGACUGCCCAUUGUGUCCUACAAGCAUUGGACAAUGUACGGCUCCCUCCUGUAGGCCAAUCCCAUAUCAUUCGGCUUGGCCAAGCUAUCAAAAAUUCCAUCAAAGGUCACCCGCUUAUGACUAUCAUUGGCGUGGUUGGUCUGACACUGCUUCUUGGAAGGAGGGGAGCAAGACAACAGACCACUUUUGCGAGCAAAUAGUCUCCAAAGCAUGGAGUGCCAUUCGGCCCAUCUGGCUGCCAAGUUCAACUGUAGUCGGGAGGACAUCGGCUAGUAUCCCACGCUCCGGCCAUACUUUUCGCGUGUAA